UGACUUCGGGCUGAUAUUACACAGGUUUCACAGUAACCAUGAAGUCUCGGGCACUGCUUUGGGCACGGCAGAGAGUCGGGAUGCAAGAUACUCUGUCCUUCCACCAUCGGCCAUACUAUAACGGGGAUUUUUAAAAGGAAAAGGUGAAUACAGUGAUGGAGACCUGGAAACGUGACAGGACCUUUCCUGUCUAGCCCUCCUGGCGUGGCCGUCUGCAAGCUGGUUGUGUGGUUUUCACUUUGGGGGCGGGUGGCAGGAACUUGUGUCUGGGUGUGAGGGGAAAGGAGGGGACUCACGACCGCCGCCUCCUGCGGCCGUGCCCGAACACAUCCAUGGAAUGCGAUCAGCAAUGUGGAUCUGCGGAGCCCCGGGUAAACGCCGAAGUUACCUAAGCCCUGGCACGGAAGAAGGCUCAGAAUCCCAGAGUGGCCUUACUACGCGGUUGCCAAAAGCUGGAGAAACUAUCCUUGGACAUAAGUUUUUUGUUGGUUUCGGUGGGAAAGGAGCCAAUCAGUGUGUCCAGUCUGCUCGACUCGGGGCCAAGACCUCGCUGAUCUGCAAGGUUGGGAAUGAUUCCUUUGGCAAUGAUUAUGUUGAUAAUUUGAAGAAGAAUGGUAUUUCUACAGCAUUUGUAGGUCAAACUGCAGAUGCUGCUACUGGAACUGCUUCAAUAAUUGUCAACAGCGAAGGACAGAAUGUUAUUGUCAUAGUCCCAGGAGCCAACCUGCUUUUAAAUUUUGAAGACCUGAAGAGGGCUUCUGAUGUCAUCUGUAAAGCCAAAGUGGUUGUUUGCCAGCUAGAAAUAACCCCUGCUAUUUCUCUUGAAGCUCUGAAAAUGGCACGUGCCAGUGGAGUAAAGACUUUGUUUAAUCCAGCUCCAGCCCUCGCUGACCUAGAUCCACAGUUUUAUACCUAUUCUGAUAUCUUCUGCUGCAAUGAAACUGAGGGCGCUGGAGACAGUUUUGUGGGAGCACUGGCUUUCUACCUGGCCUACUAUCCCAAGUUAUCCAUGGAGGAAAUGAUCAGGAAGUCAAACUGCGUCGCAUCAGUGAGCGUCCAGGCACCAGGGACACAAUCUUCAUAUCCUUACAGGAAGGACUUGCCUCAGGACCUUUUCUAAUUGAUUGUCUAGCUCACUGUACUGAUUUUAUCUCAUGCCAGACAGCAUUAUUCUCUGACUGCACCGAGGUUCUCCUCUGCUGACUGGAAAGGCCAGGAGAGUCUCUUUGCUUCUUAUUUCAGGAAUCCUGUGUGUUCCUGUUCUACAGCAGUAAGAUAGGGUGAGGGUGGUGGGUCUUUCAAACACAGCACAGCAGGUCUCUCUGGCCCCACACAACCCUGUGGCCAUCCCACACAGUGUGCUCUACUGAGCUACGCAAAGUUUACAGCAAAACACCUGGAGGGUAUUGGACUCCCGGCAGCAUUUUCACUUGAUUUUAUCAGAACUUCUGAUAUGAAAUGGCAGCACAUGAAGAAGAGCAUUAGCUUUGAGACUGCAACUUCAGUGCUCAAACACCAGGGCCAGUGUUUGGCUCACAAGAAAGCCCCAUAUAUCAGCCUGUGCCCACGUGCCUCAGGUGUGGCACUGCACUGCUUCCCCACACUCAGGAAGGUCCCUCCAGCUGCAAAUAGGACAGGACUGCUACUGAGGUAGACUUUGAAAAAUGUUUCUAGCCACAUUGCUCUAAAUACAGGCAAGCUAACUAAGGAGGAAAGCAUACAAGAGCAUCAGAGAACUACUUUCUCUGUUUUCUUCAUGUUUGACAAAAACCCAGGAAUGAAAAAUCCGUCCUACUAACCUGGCUGCCAAUAAUAGAGGCCUUUAACCAUGGUAAUAGCUUAUCCAAAAACUCAUCUAAGUUCCCAUUCUUUCUUUCCUCAGGAGCUGGUGCAACAUUACCCCUCCAAGUAAUGACACCAGCUCGUGGUCACUACUGUCACAUCUGUGGCUGGUAGGUUAGAAAAACUUGCAAUCCUGCCAUUGAAUUCCUGCUGUGGAAAAUGUUAAUUUUUAUUGCUUUAUAAAACAAUAGUUCCUUUGAAGAUUACAGCCUCUUUCACAAUAGAAAACAUAGACAAUGGGAUUUGCUAUUUAAUUUUUUUUUUAAUUGAGCACUGUAAAAAUAACUCAAAAGAUAAAUAAAUGUUACUGUGAUGAUCUA